AGGGGGAUCGCAGCUGGAGGACGCAAUGGCUGCAACUCAAUUGGGUUUAAAAGCUGUCAAAACGACAAGAAGGGCGAGGGAAGAUUGAGGGCAUGCACCAUGAUCCCCAUUUUCAAAAAAGCGCUAGUCAAGUCUUCCUUUCCUCCGUUCCUGUUGCGCCUGGCGAGACGCAGGACGACUAAUGGACCCGUGAUGCGUCUGUGUGCUGGCACAUGCAAACGGGGGGGGAGACAGACGAAGAGACAGAGCAGAAACAUUAAACACCACUUUCUCCUUCAGAGUGUUUUCAUUUUUCUGCAGAUAAUUCCGUCUGCGGCCAAUUAAGACGAAUGUGCGCCGCGCCUCCGCGCAUAAUGACCGGAUCGCCGGAGCCUUUGCACAUUUGGAGAAGACUGCGGGCCGCACUGAUGGUACCCGCAUUGCAUCACGGACACGACACCCGGUACCCCACUGUCUCCCUCCCACCUCCACGGGAGCCGAUGAAGAGGCUGUAUCAUCCUAUCACAGAGUUUGUUUGACUCAUGCAACCGCGCUCUCAGACUGUCGCUCAAGUCAUGGUCUCCACAGACGCGCAGGAGCCGCGUUCCCCGCUGUGCACAGCUUCGCAGGCGCUUAACCGGUAAUUACGCGCCGCGCUGACAACUUUGGAAUCGGGCUGCAUGGAUGGAUUGCGCAUCAGCAACAGGCCAGUCUGCGGGAUCAAUUGAGUGAGGCGUCCCCACUUUGGAGAGCUGUGUGACGGCCGGUUGUUAUCCGCUCACAUAGCGUUUGAUUCUGUAAGUGAGCGCUGCAACCUGUGGCUGUGCGCCUCUUUUUUCCAUUCAAGAUUCUGCUGAGGCGCAAUGGAGGGACGCAGCUGACGACUCUCCAUCCCUAACCCGAGGAGGAGGCUAUAAAAAAAACAGCUCCUGUCAAAAACGAUGUAUGGGCGGUACACCCAGGAGCUGGGUGCGUAUGCCAAGGAGGAGGCUGCACGCCUACGAGAUGGAGGGGUACGCGAUAGCGGGGGACUGCGGAGGAACACCAGCGUUCGAAGUCGAGCUGCUGAUCUCCUGGAGCAUGACAAAGAUCCAUGUGCAAAGUGCCAGUUGUGUGCAUCACGCUGCCAGAAGUUCCUGAUCUCGCGGGUGGGGGAGGACUGGAUCUUCCUCAUUUUGCUGGGGCUUCUCAUGGCGCUGGUCAGCUGGGUCAUGGACUACGCCAUCGCUUUCUGCCAAGAAGCACAGAAGUGGAUGUUUGCUGGACUGGACAGUAACAUGCUUCUGCAGUACAUCGCCUGGGUCACCUACCCUGUUGUGCUCAUCACUUUCUCAGCAGGGUUCACACAGAUACUGGCGCCCCAGGCUGUAGGCUCUGGUAUUCCUGAGAUGAAGACAAUUCUUAGAGGGGUAGUGCUCAAGGAGUAUUUGACUUUUAAGACCUUUGUGGCCAAAGUCAUUGGUUUGACCUGCGCCCUGGGCAGUGGGAUGCCAUUGGGAAAAGAGGGACCGUUCGUUCACGUCGCCAGUUUGUGUGCAGCUCUGCUCAGCAAAUUCAUGGCUGCUCUGUUUGGUGGGACUUACGUGGAAGAACCCUUUGAGGGGAGCAAGAAUGAGCUCAGAAACACGGAGAUGCUGUCGGCUGCCUGUGCGGUGGGAGUGGGAUGCUGCUUUGCUGCGCCUAUUGGAGGUGUGCUGUUCAGCAUUGAAGUCACAUCAACGUUUUUUGCGGUGCGGAACUACUGGAGAGGCUUCUUUGCUGCCACCUUUAGCGCUUUCAUCUUCAGAGUCCUGGCAGUCUGGAACCAAGAAGAAGAGACCAUCACUGCUCUCUUUAAGACGCGCUUCCGUCUGGAUUUCCCGUUUGACCUUCAGGAGCUGCCAGCAUUCGCCAUCCUGGGGAUUGCUUGUGGUUUUGGCGGCGCGUUGUUCGUGUACCUGAACCGGCUAAUUGUGGAGUGCAUGAGGAAACAAAAAACUAUUAACAAGUUCUUGCUGAGAAAUCCAUCGCUUCCUGUCAGACGUCUGAUGUAUCCCGCUCUCGUCACCCUGCUGAUCUCCACUCUCACGUUCCCUCCGGGUUUUGGGCAGUUCAUGGCUGGACAGCUGACGCAGCACGAGUCUCUGGUCGCUCUGUUUGACAACCGAACGUGGUGCCGCCAGGGCGUAGCUGAGGAGUUCGACUACAUCAGCCACCACCAUGCCUGGAAACACCCACAGAUCAACGUCUUCAUCAUACUCAUCCUCUUCAUCCUCAUGAAAUUCUGGAUGUCUGCUGUGGCCACCACCAUGCCUGUUCCGUGUGGGGCUUUCAUGCCGGUGUUUCUAAUUGGUGCAGCUUUUGGCCGACUGGUUGGAGAGAUCAUGGCAACGAUGUUUCCUGACGGCAUCCACGCCGAUGGCAGCGUGUACCCCAUAGUUCCGGGGGGAUAUGCCGUCGUUGGUGCUGCUGCGCUGUCUGGAGCAGUCACUCACACUGUGUCUACAGCGGUUAUUGUGUUCGAGCUGACCGGUCAAAUCUCCCACAUCUUGCCUGUAAUGAUCGCAGUGAUUCUGGCAAACGCUGUGGCACAGGCGCUCCAACCCUCCCUGUACGACUCCAUCAUCCGCAUCAAGAAACUUCCCUACCUGCCAGAGCUGGGCAUGGGACACCACGAGAAGUAUAACAUCCGUGUGGAGGACAUCAUGGUCAGAGAUGUGCGCUACAUCACUCUUAAUUCCUCCUACCGAGAUCUUCAAGAAAUGCUGCUGACCGGUCAGCUCAAAACGCUGGCCCUGGUUGAAUCCAGAGACUCCAUGAUCCUGCUGGGCUCCAUAGAGCGGCUUCAACUCCAGUCUCUGCUCUCUCUUCAGCUGGGCCGCCAGCAGAGGCUGGAGUACCUGAGGCAGCUGGCCCGGGACAACGGCGCCAACGACCUCCUGUCUAGCCUGACAUCUGACAGCACUCCCAGCUCCCCCUGUGCACACACCCAUUUCAACGCCUCAGCCACUGCCGCUCGCCAAGGGGUGCGCUUCCUGGUGAGCAGCCAACAGAUCUCUACAGAGGAGACUUCCUCCUUCAGUCCAGUGGUCACCAACGCUCAGCUUCCUCUGAAAUCUGCUCUAAAAACAGUGUCUGCCAUCAGUGACACAGAGACGCCCAACAGCUCCACAACCCUUUAUUGUGCAGAUCAAGACAAGGAGCUACUGGAGAGCCCUGCUGGGCCAGCUCCACCUGAUAAGAGAAAGCCCAAACGAGUGAGGAUCUCGAUGGCGGACUCUCCUGAAGUGGAAGACUGCAUGACCCCUGCAGAGAUAGCAGAGUGGGAGGAACAGCAGCUUGAUGAGCUGGUGGACUUUAAAAACUGCAAGAUUGACCCCGCCCCCUUUCAACUGGUGGAGCAAACAUCCCUGCACAAGACUCACACCAUCUUCUCCCUACUGGGUCUGGAUCACGCUUACGUUACCAGUAUGGGACGACUAGUUGGAGUGGUUUCUCUCAAAGAGCUGCGUAAAGCCAUCGAAGGUUCAGUGACUGUGACCGGAGUGAAAGUCCGCCCGCCUCUGGCCAGUUUCCGUGACAGCGGAAACACUACCAGUGUAUCCGAGGUGACUGAGCUCCAUAAGCUGUGCAUGCGUCACAGAGGGUUGUCAUUGCCACGGGAGCCCAAACGCUCAGAGGCGGCAGAGCAGUCGGGCAUUUCAUACAAAGACAUCCCCAUCAACUUCUCAGACCAGAACAUUUUGCAGUUUGAAACGAGCCAAGAUGACAUGACAAACCAGCUAUCAGACAUGGUGCUUCAAGAAAGCCCCUCCUUUGCUGAGGACCAAUCGGAGCUUACCUUUGACUGCAGCCCCUCCCACACUGAGGAGUCAGAGCUGGCCUGUGAUUAUGACCUGUCGACCCAAACACCGAAUCCAGACGGGCUGAAGCAAGAGCUGGGGAGUCCGUCUAUGAACGAGGAGCAGUCAGAACCUGUGGGAGAGAGCAGCGUUGUCCGCCCCAACGACCAAUCAGAAUGAUCACAUCCAUGCCGACACUUCAUAAAUGUUGAUGUUUUACUAUUUUUGUAAAAUCCAGCCUAGAUACUUUUUCCUUUGACUAUUGUUGUAACGUGAGGGCUCGAGUGAGCAAAGCUGGUUCUAUUUAAGUCUUUAACAAAUCCACUGAAACGACCAAAAUAAUACAAUUUAGUUGCAAUGUUUUCAGCAUCUGUUUGUUUAGAAGAUCUGGAUAGUCCAACUUCAUUUGUGGGAUGUGCAGUUUAAAGACCAAAUGAAGUUGGACGAAAAAAAAACUGGAGGGAGAAGUUGAAGAUAAUAACUUUGUUCUUUAGCUUUGCUUGAACCUCAAGGCCGCAAUAACAUGUAUUUAUGUGUCAAAAUCAUACAUUUUAUGGCUGAGUUACAAUGUUUUUUUUUGUUACUGUCCAUGAGAGUAGCCCGCUGAAAGAGAAUCCCUUCUCAGGUCAGAUUGUUAUUUUAAAUGAUGUUCAUCCUCUACAAUAUAUUAAAAUGAUUAUUUUUGUAGGUAAAUUUCCUGGAAUGUAAGGUCAACUUCAUUUCCAACACUUGCAUCUAUUUUUAGCAAGCUAACAAAUAACAGCAGCUGCUUGUGGCAGAAGCUGCAUUUUGGUCUCAAAAAUGAAGUUUGGUUACAUUGACAAAAAAAGCAACUUUUCUAUUUACAUUUGUAUGGAUUAAGAAAAACUUUCACUUUGCACAAUCAAAGUCAGUUCAGUUCAACCCAAUUUACCAAAAUAUAGUCGUGUUUGUCUUAGGCCAAUCAGUUCAGAGACAGAAGAGGGACAGACUGUUGGGUGAAACUACAGAUAGCAACAACAACAAAAAUUCUAAAAGCACAGAAGAACAAAAGAAACUAUUCAAAUUAGCACAUAUAUUUUGACAUUUGAUCUAUCUGUGAUCUAUCUGUCUACUAGCAUUAAAAAGGAUGCUAAGAUGGAAGUUUGUGAUGGAUAUGCAAUAGUUUUGCAUUCCUAAUGCAGUAAAGUGCAGACUGUGUCUUCAGCAGCUGCCUCUCACAACACAAGGAUAUUAGAUUUUAAUUGUAUUUUUCUAUCUUGCAGCACACUUGUUAGUCCCCAAAGUAUGCUAUCAGCUUGAAUUUAUUUACAGCGAUGAAGGCAGCUUCCAAGGGUCCCAAAAGCUUAGCACAGGGCUACACCUACCUACAAAACACUUACUGUCGAUGACGCAAUUCACUGCUAUUCUUUGCUCAUCGCCACCUUUUAGCAUGAAAACAAAGCAAUCCUUGAGCUGGGAGGUAUUGGAAAUUGCUGGCUGUUGCACAGACACACAAAAAAAACACACAAA